AUGGCGGAGCGGCACAUGAUGGCGUCGACGUCGCACUCGCCGCUCGUCCCUUACUUCACGGACUACGAAGAUGCCGUCUCCAGCGAAGCUGAGCUUGAGCGACUUCGCGACACUCUUCGUUCGCACAUCGCCUCGAGCAAGUUGGUUUUUUUUUUCAAUAAAUUUGUGAUAAAUGAAAAGUUUUGAAAGUCAUCACUUUCUGAUUUCAGACAGGGUUGAAAAAUUGAAGUUUAUUGAAGGUAUUUUAGAUUGUACUUGAUUGAAAUCGCAAUAAAUCUUUGACGCUCUACAUUAUUUACAUUGCGUCAUUGCCGACCAAAAAAACUGAUAAGAAAUCAGGCAAUUUUCAAAAGCAACAAAUUUCAAACACCCUUAUUACUUUUUUUAUCACUACGUAGUAAAAAAAAUUCCCAGGGUUUUUUUUUUCAAAAUUAAAUAUUCUAGUGAAUCUCGCCGUCGACGAAUCGCUGCUCGGCUAGAGCCGCCACGGCCCAGAACUUCUCCAAAACCUCAAACUUCGAGCAGCGAAAAUUCAAGCAUCGAGAAGCUUCCCCCACCUCGAUGUUAGCUUUCUAAUUUUCUUUUGUUCUACAUUUUUCUGUACACUCUUUCAUCCGAACAAUCAAAGGAAAAAGUAAUUUAUAGCAUCGAGGAUCAAAAGAAAUGGCAACUCGAGACAUUCCCGAGCGACCGAAGAAAGAAGUGCCAGCGGAAGUGAACACGGAGACUGGCGCUAUUUGAACUACGCGGUUCGGCCUCAAAAUCUGAUCGUUGCGGGACCAUUUUAUGUGUUUCAGUUCCAGGAAAUGGCCUACUAUCCACUGUUGGUCCAUCUAAACGAACAGCUCACGGCCAUCACGAGACAACUCAACGACGUGGAAAAGACCAACGCGAUGCAACUUCGAGUUAUAAUGCAUCUUUUGAAUCGACUCGCCAAGGUUAGAAGUGUUUUUUGAAUUAGUAUUAGAAAAAAAGGAAAAAUUUUUUUUUGAACAGCGAUUUCAAAAUAAACAUGUCUACUCGUAAGUCCGAAAAGAGAAUUUGAAAAAAAAAAUUUUGAAACGGUAGGCCGAUUUUUAACCUAGUGGUCGCACUUGGAAUGGGUCAAAGAGUCGCGGUUUCAUUUCACUUACAGAAAUCUUGAUCUUAAUAAUGUCCUCGCGCGAAAGUCGUUUUGAGUCGAGCGCAUUUUCAAGCAACCGCUUCGCGUCGAGCCAUCCAUUCCACCUGCGACCACGUUUUUUAGGAUGAGAAAAUUUGAGUACCUGUUACUUGAAAAUGAAAACUUUCGAUUGAAAAGAAACAACCGCUGUUUUUUAAAGGGUUAGAAUUGGAAAAAAAAACAUUGAAAGUUUUCUCUUUUUGAUAGGAAAAAGCGCUUAUGAGAAAGUUUUUCUUUCCCGGUCCAAGGGUAAUGAUUCGGAAUAUAUCGGGCUCAAUGGUUCUCGAAAUUCAGAUGGGAAAAGGUAAAAGAUCAAAAAACUCUUUCAUGCAAGUUUUACAUUCUUAUUGGCAAUUUUUGAUCGCUUUUUCUAGUCUUCUUACCAAAAUUACUCGAAGAAGAAGCCAACUUUCUGAAAAUCAACUCAGAAAAAAAGUUGUUUGACUCCAGUCUAGCCUGUUUUUCUUGCUCUGUACUUUGCUUGUUAUCAAGUGAUGAAAACUGACCCUCUCAAAAAAUUGCCUUUUUUUCCUGCUUAUCAGUGGAAUUUCAGCCGCAAAGGUCGUUUCUCAGCUACUUUACCGCGUUUUUCCGGUCGUUCCCAUUUGUGAUUUUUGCCUUGUCGUGGCCCUACUUUGCUCAGUCGCUUUACCGGUGGUAUCUCAGGUAAAUUGAGUGAUUCACUUAUUUUCCAAGCAUUUUACUUUCAGGAGACGUCAAACUUUGGCUCUCGCCUUCAUGAAGUAUCUCUGA